GACCUUGAGAAACUUUAGUUUAAAACUUGAAAGGUUUAUCCUAACCAAACAUUAGAAUAAAGUUCAUAUUUAUAUGACACAUUCAGCAAAGCUUUUGAUUCAGAACAUAGCUCAGCAAUUAAAAUGAAGUUUCGGGCCUAUGAGAUUCUCAAUGGGAAGUACACAACAAGAAACACUGCCAAAAGUAUUUUCCUGGUACCCUUCACUCUUCUUCUCAUUAUGAUCCCUCUUACUCUUAUGAGAAACUCUCAUGAAUCAGCUCCUGAGAUAUCUUCUGUCAGUGUGAGACGUUUGAACAACACAGAAAUAAAGCAAUGUAACAUCUUCUCUGGAAGGUGGAUCCAUAGUCCGGAAGAACCUUACUACAACAAUGAAACAUGCCAUUGGAUAAUAGACCAACAAAACUGCAUGAAGUUUGGGAGGCCUGAUAGAGAGUACCUGCAUUGGAGGUGGAAACCCGAUGAAUGUGACCUUCCACUCUUCAGUGCAACUCAAUUCUUAAAUCUUGUGAGAGGAAAGAAGAUGGCAUUUGUUGGGGACUCAGUGGGGAGAAACCAGAUGCAGUCUUUGUUGUGCCUCUUAAGUCAUGUGUCUGAACCUGAGGAUGUUUCUCACAAAUAUUCUUCAGAUGUCAUAUACUUCAAACGCUAUUUCUACCAUGAUUACAAUUUCACCCUUGGAAACCUAUGGUCUCCAUAUUUUGUUAGAUCAAGUGAUGCUGACCCCAAAGGCCACAGCUUCAACAGCAUCAUGAAACUCUAUCUAGAUGAGGCAGAUGAAGCAUGGACAAGCCAGGUAGAAAACUUUGACAUUGUCAUAAUCUCAACAGGACAAUGGUUCUUUAGGCCUCUAUUGUUCUAUGAAGAGGGUCAACUAGUUGGAUGCAACAAGUGUGAAAUGGAGAAUGUGGAGGAACUUUCAUACUACUAUGGAUACAAAAAGGCCUUCAGGACUGCAUUUAGGACUCUCAAUAGCCUUGAAGGGUACAAGGGUGUCACAUUUUUGAGGACAUUCUCACCAGCACACUUUGAGGGAGGGGAUUGGAACAAGGGAGGGAAGUGUGUGAGGACUAGGCCAUUCACUAGGGAUGAAAUGAGGCUUGAUGGGUACAUUCUAGAGAUGUAUAUGACACAAGUGAAGGAAUUUAGGGAAGCACAAAGGGAAGCCACUAAGAGGGGUCUGAAGUUUUUGAUGAUGAACACAACUGAGAUUAUGCUGAUGAGGCCUGAUGGACACCCUAAUAACUAUGGACACACCAAGGACAAAAAUGUUACACUCAAUGACUGUGUUCACUGGUGCUUGCCGGGGCCAGUUGACACAUGGAAUGAGUUUUUGCUCUAUAUGUUGGAUGUGGAAAGAGAGGCAUAUUAUACUCCAAAGCCAGAGAGAAUUUUUUGAAAAACUUAAUUUAGGAAAUGUUUUGAUAAACUUCUUCCAAAUUACUUUUGUGAGAAAAAAAAAACAAAAUAAGAACCUAUUUAAAUAUAAGUUAAAAGUAUUUUUGAAAAAAAAUU